CACCUGCCGGCGUUCAUGGUAAGAUUGGCAAACAACACUAAUGUAUCUGAGUCGUGUUCAGCUGAGAUUUUGGAAUGGCUAAGAAUGCGAGAGAUUAAGGACGUCUGUGAGAAAAGAAACACUUUAUGCUUCCGUCUUCUGAGAUUUAAGUUUUUUUAGGUUUACCAUUGUUUUUAGGCUGGAUCAUGUAUAAUGAGUCCAUCAAUGGCUACCUCCAUCGACCAGUCCUCUGUUCUAGAAGAUGAACUUACCUGCCCCGUGUGCUUGGAUGUGUUCCGGGACCCCCACCUGCUUCCCUGCGGCCACAGCUUUUGCCUGCUCUGUCUCUACAGACUCAAGCGGCGGGCAGAGCGAAGUCGCUUUCGUUGCCCUGAAUGCCGCGAGACCCACCGCUGCUCCUCCACCUACCAGAAGAACUUCAAGCUCGCCAACAUCGCCGACGACUACCGUCGAAGGGGAAUGGAAGCUUCGACGAGCCAACGACCCCAACAAAGUCAGCCAGCAUCAUCUAAGACUCCUGUGUCUGUACCCUGUGACUACUGCCCUCCUGUGGGAGCUAGCGUGACGGAUGAGAAAGGGGAACCCGAGGGCGUAAUAGCCGUGACAUUAGCUGUGAAGACGUGCCUGAAAUGUGAGGUGUCCAUGUGUAAGGAGCAUGUGAAGCCCCACAUGGAGCUGCCUGCAUUCAGGGAACACAUUCUGACUGAGCCCCUUGGAGACCUGAGGAAGAGGAAGUGUCCCGAGCAUGACGAGAUGUAUCGCUACUACUGCAUGGACGACAAGGUCUGCAUCUGCAACGCCUGCACCAUAGAAGGCGGCCACAGCGGACACACCAUCAAGACCCUGAAAAACACCAUGAAAGAUCUGAAGGCCUCUCUGCAGAUCCAGCUACAGAAGGUGGACGGGAAGCUGAGCAAAGCAGAGCGAGCUCUUCAGGAGCAGAAAGAGUUGGAACGACAGAACAAGAGGUUCCUGGAGGGCUGUGACCAGCGUGUCACCGCCCUGGGAGAGGUGCUACAGGUCCAUCUGGCAAGCUUCCUUGCCAACCUCCGGGACUGUCCGCGGUCCCUGGGUUGCCAGGCUGGCCCCAACAUCCAGCGGAACAUAGCCAGAGUCGUCCAGGACCAGUCACGUCUGCAGGAAGCCCGCGGCAGCAUUCAGACCCUGGUCCAAGAGAACGACCCCUUUUGCUUCCUCCAAGCAUACAAGUCAUCAAGCAAAAGCUUCUGCAGGCAGUGGAAGAAACCCCUGUUCUGCCCAGAGAACGCUACCAUCAAUCCUGACGGCCUGGCCGAGGCCAUAGAAGCCAAGCAGGAGGAAUUCCUUACUGAAGUACGCUCCCGUGUCUCUCUACUCAUCGACGAGCUCUGUCCUGUAGUUGGGGAAGAAGAUGAUAGUGGAGCGGAGGAGGAAGACGAUUAUGAUGAUGAAGCCGAUGAGGAUGGCAGUGAUGGAGAUGAACUAGAUGAAGCUGAGGAAGAGAUGAGGAGUGAGGAAGAGGAUAUAAAUGACCAAAACGAGUCAGCAGAUGAACUCUACAGUCCGGAAGGUGAAGAAGACGAUGAGGUGGAAGAAGGCGAGGAGGAGGAGGAGGACGACGACGAAGAAGAAACUGAGUAGGAGACCCAUUCUGAUGAAUUGACAAUGGGGGGGGAUCUUGGAGCUCAAGGGGGAAUAACGAAGAAAUCGACAAAUUCAUAAAUUGCUGAAAUUAAUAACCUCCUCUCUACGCAUCCAAAUCUCUUCGGGAGAGCUGGGUCAAGCUAGCAUGAGUGCAGCAUUAUUUGGUUAUAUUGGUCUCCCUUGCUGUAGCUAGCAUGAGUGCAGCAUCAUUUGGUUAUAUUGGUCUCCCUUGCUGAAGCCAUUUGAUAAAACUUUGUGAAAUAACAUUGAUUGACGUGAUGUGAAUGGGUAAUGUUCUGCUACAGCAAAACACAACAUUAGGGAACCCCAAUUUAUUGUGGUACAUGCCAUAUACAUUUUAUGUGAUGAAUGUCAGAUGCGGGUGUUAAAGAUGACCUUUUUCUAACAUCUCCAAAGACUGCUUGUUGGCAUGUCCAGGGAACCUACAAGCUGUCGAUAGACAUUUAUCUCAUAAAAUAAAUACGGCAUGUACCACAAUAGAUUUAGGUUUGCCUAUGUGGUUGCCUAAUGUUUAUUUUUAAAUAGAUAAGCAACAUUUUACAAAUGUCUAAGAAAUCACUGUACUGGCGAAAGAGCAAUAUAGCCAAAUGACACUGCACUCAUGGUUGUCUGGCCCUGCUCUCCCUGAGUGCGAAAGUUGCGGAGCAGGGAGAGACCGUACCACAACUCUAUCAAGCGAUUCAUGAACAUAACUGAAGAUGUUUAUUAUUUCCCUUCACAUAAAACGUUUGACGGAAAUGGUAGUUCAGUAGUCAUGCACUGAUAUCAGUGGAAGUUAUAUUGUCCCAUUUGUCCAAAACAAAACCCUCUACAUCAGUGUUUCAAAUGGGAGAUGGUUGUGUCUGUGCCAAAUCCAAUCUUAUUUCCUAUAUGGUGCACUACUUGACCAGGACCCUUGAGGCCCAAAUGGCACCCUACCUCCUACCUUCCCCCUGAAGAUUAAGAGUUAAACGCUUGCAAAUAGGCUUCUAAUUCUGACUUCCCUUUUCCCCCAUCUUGAUCAAAGCACAGUUUAGGUCACUAAACUGUUGCCGACCUGUGUUCAAAUAGUUACAUUUUUUGAAAAAAAUACUUUUGUGCGCUUGAUUUGUCUAAGUAUUUUAAAUCAAAUUUUACCAUGAGACAAGGCGAGCUUGUUCAAGCACAUGUAUUUGACAUUUAAAAUGGUAUUUAAACCCAGGUUUUGGCUGUGUUAUGCAUAAAGGUAAAGCUGCCUUGAAAGUGCAGUAUUAUUUAUGUAUAUAUGGUGUUUUGAGUGCACUGGAUAAAUAAUACAUAAAUUAAUGUCAGAAUGUUUGGGCAAAUUCUCACUAAUGUGAAUUCAUACCAACAAAGUGCACUAAUGAAUUUGAACCAUAUAUAAUGACUUGCCAUUCGAAUAAAUAUUUGUAGACCAAUUUGUAAUGACUUAAGAUGUUUUGUCGGACCCUGUUCUUUCCUGAACUGUGCAGGAAAGAUCAUAUAGGAAAGUGGAAAUAGUCUU